AUCCUCCUCCGUCCUCCUCACCCGCAGAGGCUCUCGGUCAGACGCACUGAGACUCACAGCCUCAAUCCAUUCCUCAAGACCCGUGCGUCUCCCUCUACCACAAGCCAGACUGCCCUCGCUUCAACGCAACAUGAGCCAGAACCUCGAGGGAUCGCGACGCGCGCCGAAGAUGUACCCGCCCAUCGAGCCAUACGAGACGGGGAAGCUGAAGGUCUCGGACCUGCAUACGCUCUACUAUGAAGUGAGCGGCAACCCGAAGGGCAACCCAGUCGUUUUCCUUCAUGGUGGUCCCGGAAACGGUACAGAUGCGAAAGAUCGUGCCUACUUCAACCCUGAGAAGUACAAGAUCAUACUCUUCGACCAAAGAGGCUCGGGAAAGUCGACACCCACCGCGUCUCUCGAGGAUAACACCACCUGGGACCUGGUGAAGGACAUGGAAAAGGUGCGCGAACAGCUCAAGAUCGACAAGUGGAACGUCUUUGGAGGAUCGUGGGGAUCGACCUUGGCCCUGGCUUACUCGGAGAGUCACCCUGAUCGCGUGAAGUCGCUCGUACUUCGCGGAAUAUUCACCUUGCGCAAAAGCGAGCUCCGCUUCUUCUACCAAGAAGGCACCUCCCAUCUCUUCCCAGACGCGUGGGAAGAAUACAUCGCGCCCAUCCCUGAGCCCGAGCGUCAAGACAUGGUCACGGCGUACCACGCGCAGCUCAACUCCGCCGACGAAGAGGUGAGUCUGCGCGCUGCGAAGGCGUGGUCCAAGUGGGAGAUGGCGACGUCAAAGCUGUAUGUCGACCCAGCGCAGCUUGCGCACGUCGAGGACGAUAAGUGGGCGACCGCGUUUGCGAAGAUCGAAAACCAUUACUUCGUCAAUGAUGGUUUCAUGCGGGACGGCCAGCUGCUGGAGAAGCAAGAGAUUGACAAGAUCCGCCACAUCCCCUGCAUCGUCGUGCAAGGCCGGUACGACGUGGUCUGCCCGGCAACCACGGCGUAUGAUCUCAAGAAGGUCUGGCCGGAGAUCACGCUGCACAUCGUUCCCGACGCGGGGCACUCCGCGCGAGAGCCGGGGACGUCGAAGCUGCUCGUCGAGGCAGCAGACAAAUUCGCUGAUCUCUGAGCUGGAGCGGGGCUCACGCAGGUUGAUGCGAAGAAGGGGAGGCUGGAUAUACAUGCUUGGAUGUAAAGUAAGUUAGCACUGGACUCGGACGCAUGCGGUUCAAAUUGUACGAUAUGCAUCAGGUCGUAACGCCUCUCAAAUCGCCGUGUUCAACGGUCAGACAUUGAGCGGUUGUCAAACUUCAAUUUUUCCCGCGCGCUGUCUGCCAACACGCCGCGCAAUGGGUACGAUACCUGCGAGGAAUGCUCCAGGCAAUUUGCAUUGGCCGGUCUCAGCCCAAUAUUUGCCGGCCUCACAUGGGCUCAUCUCUCCAGUGAAUGUUAUGGCGGACGUCAGGUCAAUAGAGUGGCAGGAAGGUUGCCCGAAUAGGCUCUGUUGACGCCGUCGUCCCGACGAUUAAGUCGAGGUCGUGUACUGACUUGGACUCCAUCAAUGCCACUAAUCGCUGCUGCAGUGAUUUACUCCCAUCGGUCUCACGCCC